AUGAGAAGAAGCCUGUUUCCAUUCUUGAAUUCCGUUUUGAAGAACUCAAAUUGGCCGGUAUUAGUGGAUUUACUAAGGACACUUCAUUCCAACAUUUACAUACAGUUUUACAGAUACAGUUUACAUACAGUUUUACAUUUACCGAUGCAGUUCAAGUAUAACGGUAAAGUGAAGCAGUAAUAUAUAGAUUUAGCCAGGGCUAAAAGCGAAGCUCCCAUUAAUAAGUUUAUAUUUUAAAUCAAACAAUAAACUUGUAAUCCACAAAUCAGUUAACUUAAGGGCACAUUCAUGUGACUUUUGAGGGAAAGGAUAAGUUAUUUUAGAGUGAUACAUCUUACAUCGAGUUGAUAGCCUAAAUAUAUGUACACCCAAAAAAUAGCAAACAUCUUCUAUCACAUUCAAGAGCCAUAAUGGCUCUUGAUCACAGUAGAUUAGGCCUCGAAAACAAAUUCUUGGAAAACAAAUCAGGCCGCAUUUUUUUGCGUUCGACAGGUUUACUUUACAAAUUCUUGCCAACAAAUCUGAGGGUGUGUAAACCAACCUUUUAUACUUUUUAUACAUCACAUCUGAGGUGAAACAGUACUUUUUAUCAUACAGACCUCGGACAGAAUACGGCAUUUCACAAUUUUUCAAUGUUCAGGACGAUCAAUCGUGGGCUUUUAGCGAAACCGUUCAAAAAAUUUCCAAAAUCACCCAUACGGCCAGCCGGUUCUCAUUUUUAGUGCGAGCUGUCAUUGUGGUCGAGUGUUUGAAUGAACUUUAAUGGAGAUACGCUUCAACAUAAUAACGAAUUUAUUAUCAUUACUUUUUGUUAUUUAAUGGUUCCAGUUAUAACGAUGUGUAAUCUUAUAAAGCGUUUGAUACGCGCGACAUUUCUAAGUACUCCUGCAAGCGAUGUUCAUGAACGAUGAAAACAAACACCACGGACAAGCGAUUAAAAUUGCAAGAGAGACUACUAACAAUCAAUAAAAGAAAUCUAAUUCGGUAAAACAUUUACAGAGACAACAAUUUUCAUUCACGAAGACAAGUAUUAAAGUGUCUCUAAAAAUCCUGAGUCUUUAAGCUUAAAGCUUAAGCUUAAGUUUAUUUUGUUUUACUUUCAGCCGGCCUCCCGGUGUUUGUUUUUUUUUUUCAAAGAUGAACUCCUCGAAGCAAGAAAAUCACUCAAAGUUUUCUUUCUACAGCCAAAUUUAUAACUAAAUAUUCUUCGGAACGUUUUUUUUCUAUUUGCCGUGAAAAAAAAAAUCUGAAGGCCUUUUAAAGUUCUGUAAGCUUAUAUCAAACCUGAUACUAGAUCAGAUCAUUGACUCAAAUCUUAACAAACGUGCAAAAACUUGCCGCAUAAACUGUGCUCGACUUCAUGAAAUUAGAUGUAACAAAAACAAACAUCAAAUACAAUAAUUACUCAGGCUUACCAUUCGAGAUUCAGUUCCUGAAAGAUAUCAAGGAAGGCCAUAGUUGCUUGAGACUUUUAAGCCCUCUUACGCAUUGAGCAAGGUGAAAGACGAAAACGAUGCCAUCCGAAAUCGGAUUACCCAAUUUUGACAAGCGACGCAUUUCUAAACCAAAAACCCAAUAAACAAACCAGCCAUGGAUAACAGAAGACUCUUGAUAGCAGCUGUAUUUCAUUUUGUACAUCCAGUGGAAAAAGACAGUUAAAAACAUCACAAGUUGACACAAAACUCUGCCAGCUUUAGCUGUCAAAGUAAACAACUUUCAAGAUGCUGCAUAAAUUUUCCGCAUGAACUCACCUGUCAAAUUUUGACCAAUCAGAGUACAAAAAUUGGACGUAGAGCGUGACCAACGCGCGACCAUGGUAAGAAAAGGUCUUCCCCGCCUUUAUUUCCGUUUAAAAAAGUGGCUGAAUUUUCGCGUCCGAGGUCAGUUUGAAAUCAAAAUCUUGACAGUGCGGGGCCACAGUGACAUAAACACAACAUAUUUCAUAUGAAUCAUUGGAAAAAAUAGACUUGAGCCUGCGAUCAUUUGAAACUGGUAAUUUGUCAGCGGAUAACUUCAAAAAAGUACUCCACCUCGAUGGGUCGACACCUGAGCCCGCGGUACGGUCAGGUGACACUGGUCAGCGGAUAUCCUGUUUUGACAGCUGUCAAUUGAUCACAACAUUGAUGUGCAAUUAGUUUUCUAUUGGGCUCCCAAACUAGCUAGAAAGUGUGGGAGAAAACAUUGGUUCCCCUGUGGUGCGGACGGACGGUCGGGCGUACGGUCACGUGAUUACCAAAUUUUCUCGGAUGGGUAGAUUACCACAUUUCCUUAGCUAUGGAGCUCCGUCCACUCGCGCGCUUCGCGCGCGGGUGGAGCUCCGCUACAAACUAGCUGCUGAUAUGCCCAUAAUUGUUACACAGAAUCUUAAGAAACAUGAGAUGUACAAUAUGAUGGAAUUCACAAUUGGAAGUAUUAGUGAGAACAGUGAUAUGGUAAAUAAUAUAUGGUUUGAUAUGAAAGAUUUUAGGGAGAGUUUUAUCCCAGGAUUCUGUUGUACGGUAUACAAAUAUCAAGGUGCAGAUAUUGACCAACAUUACAACAUAUAUGAUGUCAAUAGGAUGGAUAAGAAACAAUUGUACACAUGUUUAUCGCGAACUACAAAAUAUGAGUAUAUCCAUUUGGAUAGCCAUGAAUUGAACUAUUGUUAUAGAAUACGUGAGCAGCCUAGAUUGGAGCUAGUCAAUAGCCAUUUUAACAGUGAUUAUUUAAAGGGCAAAAUAUACAAAAUAACAUUGGAGAAAUGCGAUAAAGUGUAUAUUGGGUCUACAUGUGAAGAACUAGAGACACGGCUGAAAUGGCAUGUAUCUAACAAUACAAGCCAAGUCUUCAAAAACAAACGAUAUAACCCCAAGAUAGAACUUGUUGUGAAAGCAGGAAAUUGCUUGUAA